AUGCCUCCUAAGAGAAAGUCAUCAGCACAUAGCACACCGAACUCAAAGAAGCAGAAAUCUGCUCCUUCCGAGGAAGAAUUUAAACAAUUUUAUUCUUCAACAAUGAGUUUGGUUAAUGAUUUACGUGAUGAAAGUGACGAAAGACAUCUUGUUACACCAUUUGUCAAAUUGCCAUCUAAGAAGUUGUACCCAGAUUAUUACAAUAUUAUAACCAAUCCUAUCACGGUAGGUGAGAUUCAGAAGAAACUCAAUAAUGGAAAAUAUUCGUUACAAGAUACCAGCGAUUUUGUAGGAGAUUUCAAGUUAUUGAAUGAAAACGCUACCGCAUACAAUGAUCCAGAAUCGUGGAUUGCGACAGAUUCUCUUAAAAUAUACGAAUUUGUUAAAGAACAAGCUGAUCAAUUUAGCGGGCAUGGUGGCGUGGUGGGAACAUCGAAGCUAACCAAAGGACCUAAAUUGAAGAUCAAAAAACCAACAAAAACGGAGGAUGAAGAUACAACGGGAGAGGAGAUUACGGUUGAAUCGUUACCUGAGGUAUGCAAGUCGAUACUUAAUGAAACUAUUGAACACGAGUUUCCUGAAUUGGGUGUUAUAAGUGGACCAUUUAUUGAAGAUAUAGAUAAAAAGGAAUAUCCAGACUAUUUUAAGAUUGUGGAACAUCCAACUUCAUUUAAUAAGGUUGUAUCUAAUAUAGACAAGAAAAAACUUUUUCUGCCAAAGAUGUCACUUUUGGAAAACUUAGAAGUCUUCCAUGAUGCUACUGUUAUGAUUUUUACAAACGCUCAAUUAUAUAAUGAUCCCAGCUCUUUGAUUCACCAAGACUCAAUUAAGCUUAAUGAAUUUUUUGAUGAAAAAUUCGAUGAAUUAAAAUCAAGAAUAGAAAAUCAACAGAAGAAGGGCUCGAGCAAAUUAAAGUUAAAAUUAAAGAAUCCAUCAAAGAAAGAAAGUGCACCUAAGGUUAAGAUCAAUUUAAAAUUAAAACCUUCAGAAUCUGAAGAAGCUCCAGUUGAGGCACCAAAAAAGAGAGGACGUAAAAAGAAGGUAUUAGAAGAUGUUGCUGUAAAAGAUGAGAUAGAAGACAAUGCACAGGAACAGCCUUCCGAAACGAAAAUGGAUGUUGAUGAAGAAGCAAACAAUGGCGGUGGAAUCAAUUCAGAAAUAUUAGGGGAAAAUUCAGUAGAUCAAGCAUCUAAACCUAAAGAAGACGAAGUAGAGGACUUAUCGACAAUGGUUACUGAAUCUAAUGUUAUGGGUAAAACUUCUUCCUUAGCCCCAACUGAAGAUGCAUUCAUACAAGAUAUAGCUCUUUCAUCUUCAAUGUCAAAUGUUUCUCAUAUUACCCAACAAAUUCAGCAGCAAAGCAACUACCAGAAUCCAGCAAAUCAAUUGACUAGGGGUCAACUACUCAAACAUCUAUUAUUCCCCACUCACUCAGUUGCACCAACUUCUACAUUGUUCGAAUAUAAAUUUCCUACGAAUGGUUACUCUUCACAAUCAUUCUCAGUUAAUUUACCUCCAGAUUCAUCAUCCCUUAUAACGUUGAAGAUUUCCUUGCACAACUUAUUACACCAAAUUAAGAAACCAGACUUAGUGAAUGGCCAAGGAUAUGCUAAUCUGACUUCCGAUGACGAAUUCCAAUGUAAGUUAUUUGUAAACGAUGACGAGGUUUCUAGCGCGGGCGAGGUUUCAGAAGAGAAAAGAUCGGAUCAAAAUCAAUUAUUGAGUAUUCAAUAUGACUUGAAGCUAAGCUACGGUUUAAACAUUGUUAGCUUUGAAUGCAAAGUAGCUCCUAAUUUAACGAAAAAGAUUAAGAAGACGCAAACUCCCGCAGAGAACGAAGAAGUAGCAGGUAGAUACACCAGACAUCAGCUCCAGCAAUUGAAAAUGUCAUGGGAG